AUGCAAGUUUCAUCUCCUACGUGUUCAAUGUCAAAGUGUGUUUUCAAGUUGUUCUAUCAUGGAGUUUACAAUUUUUAUCGUUCAGUGACGUGCAACAUAUGCGAGUCACCAACAACUGCAAUGACGACCACCAUGAAGAUGGAUCCUACCACGUCGACUACACAAAGUACUACGCAAGCGGUUACUACUACGACGACUACGCAGAGUACUACGCAAGCUGUUACUACCACGAAAGCUGCAGAAAGAACGUCAACGACUUCUGCCGCAACAACUUUACAAACCACUAUGCCCAUGUCACAUACAGAGACUACUUUGAAAACUGUGGAGUCCACCAAGCCUAGCACGAUGGACUCCCAACGUACGUCCAGAGCAUCAACAGCAGAAACUUCAGAGAGAGCUACGUCCACGGCUCCUCUAACGAUGACCUCAACAAGACCUACAUCCAUGGCUCCCACCACUAUUUCGCAGCUCAGAACCACCCUGCAUGAUGCAACUGAAACUACAUCAGCUCGGUCUGCUACCGCUACUAGCACGACUACUCUGUCACCAGCUUCGAUGAAUUCGCCAGGUGAAACCACCAAGUCAACUACGAAACUUGCAUCUGAAUCAACGGAUGGAAACAAAGAGACCUCAACAAAGCCAUGCUGUACCUUUACAGCAGAGACGACUUCAUCAACGGAAGAGAAGUCAACGAGCAAAGUUCUGUAUACAACGGGAACAGAUGCUACAUCAACCCUGAAAACCUCGACCAAAGCACUCACAACAGAGGAGAGUACAUCUGUAGGAUCAUCUGUUGAAAUUGGAACGACUCCAUCAACGGAUAAGAAGUCAACGAGCAAAGUUUUGUAUACAACAGGAGCAGAUGGCUCAUCAACGUUGCAAAUCUCGGCUGCAACAGAGAAGAAUACAUCUGUAGAAGCUUCAACGCACGAAACAAUGAUGAAGUCAUCAACGGUAUCUUCAAAAACUAGCAUCGUAUCGACUAAACAUGCCACAUCUGAUCUUGUCUCUGCAGAUGAAACUUCAAGGUCGACUGCGCAUUCGAAGAGUCGAGAAAGCAGCAUCACAACAAAACAAACUGUCGAAAGGACUUCUGAAGAAACGUUGCUAACCACCGGUCCUGGGAACGCUACAACUGCUGAUGGCACUUCACUGUCUGCGACAUCCCAUGUUUCGAUUACCGAGGAAACCCCAACUGUUCCACCAACAACCUCCUAUGCGAAGGAUUCUUCUACGAAGCAAAGCGAAGAGACAGCGCUAUCAGACUAUGCGGUUUCAGAAAAUUCAAGUCCGACUACCAUAAUAAUUCACUCAUCCACAGUGAAUCAGCACUCCACAUUAGUCCAAACGCCCACCCAGGGCUAUACUGAGACGCUCAGCUAUUAUUCUGUACGAUCAUCGGAUCCAUUUCUUUACAGCACCGAAGGUAUUGACAAAUCGUGGAGCUCAACCGAUGCGACGACUCCUGCAGACAUCGCAACUUCACCAGAUCACACAGAAGGUCAAAGCGAGAAAACUGUAAUCUCUACGACCUCAAUCCAUAAACUGGUCAAUGGAACAUCAGUUCAACCAACGGUGGUUGCCUCGUCCUCUGACUUUGAGACUUCUGAAAGUUUGAGUCGUUUUGGAAGCAGUACGGAUAUACUGCAAAGCGAAACAAAACGCACUCUGCCCGCCACUUCCGGCGUAUCUCCGUCGCAAGCUACCUUCAGCCAAUCAGUGAGCAACUUACAAGUUAAUCUGUUUUUAAAGGCAACAUAUGUCGAAAUUGACGAUGUUGGGGUAUUUCGUGGAAAACAUAAGGCGCAUUCUUCUGUCAAAGAGGAAUUCGCUACAUCUGUUACUCCGGAAGCAACGUUUACCUCCUCAGAUACACCGGUCGAAGACGGAACCUCUGCUGGAAGAUCUGAAGAGAAGACAUCAUUGAUUGUUACUCCGGAAGCAAAGGUUACCUCCUCAGAUACACUGGUCGAAGACGGAACCUCUGCUGGAAGAUCUGAAGAGAAGACACCAUUGACAGAGGAGACGUUGUCGGAGAAAGCAGCAACACUUCUUUCUCUUCCUUCUGAGUCAACCACAGUUGAGCCGCCUACUUCUCUCAAGGAAGAAUUCGCUACAUCUGGUACUCCGGAAGCAAGUGCUGCCUCUUCAGAUACACCAAUCGAAGGCCGAACCUCUACUGGAACAUUGGAAAAGAGGACAUCAUUGACAGAAGAGACGUUGUCCACGGACGCUGAAGCAGAGACAACAAGACUCGCCUCUGUCUCAAGUACGGUUGAGCCGCCUACUUCUGUCGAAGAGGAAUUCCGCACGUCUGUUACUCCAGAAGCAGAGGUUCCCUCUUCAGUUUCACCGGUCAAAGACAAAAUUUCUACUGGAAGGACUGAAGAGAAGACAUCAUUGAUCGUUACUCCGGAAAGAACGGUUACCUCCUCAGAUACACUGGUCGAAGACGGAACCUCUGCUGGAAGAUCUGAAGAGAAGACAUCGUUGACAAAGAAGACGUUGAUGGACGCCGGAACAAAGACAGCAAAAUCCGUUUCUGUGUCGAGGAUACUUGAGCGGAAGGUUACGCCUACAUCUGUCAGAGAGGACUUCUCCACAUUCGCUACCUCGGAGGCAGAUGUUACCUCAUCAGUUACACCGGUCGAAAAUCGAAUCUCCACUGGAAAAUCUGAAGAGAAGACGUCAUUGACGUUAUUCGCUGACGCUGGACCAAAGACGAGAUUCGCUUCUCCCUCUGUUUCGAGUACGGCCGAGGAAGGCAGUGACUGCGGUAACUUGUGGUGGACGAUCAACAAAGAACGAGAGGAUGCAACCGGAUAUGUGCUAUCGAAAGAAGGCCUGGAGAAAGGCAACUAUGAAAUCUGCGCUGGCUUUGUAGAAACGUCCACUUGCGGUUACGUGCACGUCGGAGAUUCGUUAUCUGUUGGGAUUGAUGGAUUUGUAGGAAAUAUCACUCAACCAAUAGAUGAAAAGCUAACGUUAACUGUUACAUCUAAUACUGAAAAUCCAGUGGAGUAUUCAUGGAAGUGUCGUAUUUAUGGUUCUGAAGAAUUCUCUGAAAACAUACAAUCUUCUAAUUGCUUCCAUCAAGAAAGCGUCGCCAGUAUAGACUGGGUCUCCGGCAGUAUCAAUUUCCACAAAGCUUCGAAUUUUUUUGUUUCCACAGGGGUAUACGAAAUGGAAGUAGCACUCCGAGAUACUGUAUCCGGCAAUGAAGUGAAAAUGAACAUAUUCAUCAAUCUCUUCUCUCCGUCAACCACCCACACCUCUGCGAUAGAAGGCGGCACGCGCUCAUCUGUCCAGGAAGCUGAUCACGUCAACGUUACCACUCCCACAGCAAGGUCUCGUCAAACUGCCACGAAGUCAUCUGGCCAAACCUUCACCUCACGUACAAAGAUUCGAACAGAUCCAACGGGAUUCACCCUCUCUCUGCUGGAGCGAGCAAAUUUGUCGCAAUCAUUACAAAACGUUAUGAAUCAGCUUGAAUCAACCACAUUAGCAGAUAACCCAUCAGGAAACGAACUAGUGGAUCUACUAAGCAGCUUGAAGCCGGCUGAGCUUGCUCCCAUUGUGAACGCGUUGCUUAAUGGAGGCGUAAUGAUAAAUGAGAACAUGACAACUAGCCAGCUAAUCGAGGAACUGAAACAGCAUAUGAAUGUGACCAAUGAAGCCCUUGCCGAGGCAAGUCACAUAUUUCUGGGCAACUAA